CUUUUAUUGUGUGCUGUUGUGAAAUAAGAAUUUGUUGAUUUUGGAUUCGCUCAUGAUGGAGUGGAAUAUGGAGGGGGCGACCAUGUUCGCGGAGCUGGCCAAAUUGGAGACGCGGCUGCUCCAGGACGGCUUGCGCCCCAAUGCUGAGGUGGUGGAGCGGCUGCUCCACCUGUGGAGGCUGUACCUGCGCACUGAGGGCAGCAGGAACGCCGCGAGGCUGGAGGUGAAGGCGCUGCAGGAGGCCCAUGACAGGGAAAAUAUGGAGGUGCAAAAGAAGCUUGACCAAGCCCGGGUUCUGAUUGUGAAGCAGAACUCCUUGAAUGUCAAGUUUGAGGAAGAAAACCAGCAACUGCAUGCUCAGCUGAAACAGCUGCACGGUGAUAAAGAGGCUGAGAAGAUGGAGGUGGCUGAGCUGCUUGCCCAGGGGAGCCUGGGCGAGAUCAUUUUCUCCAGCCCCAGUGAGCAGGUGGCCUACCUGCUGGCUGAGAGGGCCUCUCUCCUGGAGAGAUUGCAGGCUCUGGAUGUGGAGAAAUCCCCACCAUUCAUGGAUGCUGAUCCUGCCGCUGUCUUCAAAGAUGGCAUGGAUAAGCUUGAUAAAAAAAUGAAGGAGGGAGUUGAAGCUGAGGAUGAGAAGCCUCCUCUGAUAUCACUGCCUAAAAUGGAAAAGGUGGAUAUUGGCGUUCAGGCCACGGAUGAUGACAUGGAGAGUGCUCAUGUGAGGUGCCUAGAGGACCUGAAGGAGAAGGAUGUUGAGCUAUGCAGGCUGCAGGCAUACACGCAGCAGCUGCAGCAGGAGCUCAGUCAGCUGCAGCUCCAGAGAGACCAGGCACAGCAGCUUCUGGGAGAGCAGGAGCAAAUCCACAGGAGCACUGUGGAGGACCUCAACAAGGAGCUGGAGUUUCUGGAGUCAAGUGUGGAACUUGCACAGGAUGAAAAAUGGAACCCACUCAUUGAUGACUACAAGGUCUUAAUCCAGGCGCAGGAGAGUGCUCUCCAGCAGAAAGAUGAGGACUUUGCCAAGUUGAGGGAGAUCCUCCACAACACCAUGGCCUUGCUGAACGCUGCGGAGGCAGACGUGCUCUCAGGGAAAGAGAAGAUCGCUGAGCUGGAGAAACUCAGCGCUGAGCUGGACCACAAGAACCAGCAGCUGCAGAGCUACCUUGUGGUAAACAACCAGUUGCUCACUAGCCAACAUGAGGUGUUGGUCCUGAAAGAGGAACUUACAAAACUUCAGGACGAAAAGGCUAAACUACUGAACAAGUACAAUGAGAAAAAAGAACGCUUCAUGGACAAGCUUUGCGCCGGCAAAUUAGUUCACGCAAAAGAAAUGCGUUUGCGUGAUGAGAAGAUCCAAGAGCUUCAGAGGAAUUGUGAUUUCCUUACAAAACAAGUGGGCAAGGUGAAAGAGACAACAGUGAAAAUGGAAGAGGUAAACAGCAAGCUGUGGAAAGAGAACCAUGAGUUUCAGUGUGAACUUCUCACGCAGCAGGAAGGCCAUGAGACAUGCAAACUCAGGUACUGCCACCAUGGAGUUGGCCUGUAUUUGGAUCUUUGUCAACAGGAGUUCCAACCCUUCUUGUGA